AGUUUGGUCCGGAAAUCUCGGUUUUCGAGCUCGGUUCGCCGCGGAAGCCGCCUAAAUAAUCGUCGUCGGUCCGCUCUCGUGUGCUCCGGUCGUUUUGUGCGUGAAAAUCCAGUCGAAUUUGGAAAAGCGAGGCGAAUCGGCGCGUCGCCGUCCGUUGAACUUGAACCGUCGAUAGAUUUUCUCUUUCUCUCGCGGGCUCUGAAAAAUCUCAAGUUUAUAAAAAUAAAUAUGAAAGGCCUAAUUACAGUACAGUCCGAGUCGGAGUCGGUUCAAUUUUGACCCCGUUUUGGAUCUGCGUUAGUUUUGGUGCCGUUAGCUAGGCGAAAAGCCGUUGCUCUGCAAAUAUUUGUGUGGUGGACGAAGCCGAGAGUUCCCAAGAUUUUUUACGGAGGAUUUUUUAAGACGUGCGGUAUUGAUUUGCCUUAAAGGCUUGGCCCGGCGAUAUACGGACUAUACAUGCUUUAUAGGGGUCUUACGUGGUUUCUAUUGGCUCACUGACUCAUAAAAAACCAAGGGACACAUUUUUUGUCGGAAUUUUCCAAAUGACUGAACAUUUACAUACGCGUCUCCAAAUUUUCGAGAAAAACUACGGACUUUGCCUCUCGCGACGCACGAAAACGAUCGCAGUGUGCCGUGCCAGUGUGCGUUAGUGCUCCAAAAACCAAUUAUGGUGUUCAAAACAAGUGAAAAACUGUGAGGCAAAGAGGACCCAUCAAGCCACCACAGCCCGACUACAUAACCAAAAUGCUGCCCCAACAGUAUUGCCUGAGAUGGAGGUACCACCACUCGAACCUGCAAACUAUGUUCUCACAGCUCCUCGAAAGGGAGGCCUUCUGUGAUGUUACUCUCGCCUGCGAGGGCAGGACCAUCAAAGCACACAAAAUCGUCCUGUCAGCCUGCAGCACCUACUUCGAAACCAUCCUGUCCCAGUACGAAGAAAAAGACCCCAUUCUAAUCAUGAAAGAUGUUAAAUAUGUAGAUAUUAAGUGUUUGGUUGAGUUCAUGUACAAAGGAGAGAUCAACGUCGACCAUUGUCACCUAGCCACAUUACUGAAGACUGCCGAAGAACUGAAAAUCAAAGGCCUGGCCGAAGUUUCCUGGCGAGACGAAGACCAACAAAAUGUCGAUAGCAACAACAUCAACGGAGUACAAACAGCAUUACCCCAAGUAUCAACAGUCAUGGACAAUCCAAAAAUCGAAGCCCCCUCGAACAAAAGAAAAAGGGGCAGACCCCCUAUAGACGACUACGAGCAGGCUUUCACAGCACCAAAGAUCAUGAACGUAACGGGGAAUGCCGACGAAACGUAUUCCAACGAUGCGAUGUCGACCAGUGAUCACGACCUCUCCAUUUGGGAGGAGGAACCAUCGGCGAACGAGGCAGGAGACACGACGGAACCAGAUGAACCAUUACUCAGGGUUAAAAAAGAGGCUUCGCCGCAGGACGACGACGUCCUCAUAGACGAGCAGUUUUCGCCGAGCGACUCAAAGCACGACAACACCUCUCGGACAGGCUCGAUGAAAUCCGUACAAAACGUAACGACAUCAGGUGCACAGUCAUUCCUGACGCCGGCCCUGGAAAAAGAAUGGCCAGACGUAAUCAAAAUGAACGACUAUCUGAACACAGGCCGGCGGCAGCAAUUCUGGGAAGAGCCCUUCACGAAACGCGUAAUGGACGCCAUCAAGACUAAAAAUCUCGAGAUGAAGGUGGCAGCUGAGCUGCUAGGCGUCUCAUACGGAACCCUCUACGGAAGAUAUCGGGACUCGUACGGUUGCUUGAAGCAUCCCUAUCGAGUGCGCGAUUUCUGGACAGAACAAGGGCCGACGGACGUGUUGUUGAAGUUGAAGAAGAAGGAGAUAACGUUGUACAGGGCCGCCGAGCAGUUGAACGUGACGCCGCAGACGUUGUCGAACUAUUUGAUAAGCAUGUCGCAGAUCGACAACAACGAAGCGAACGUCAGCAACCAGUCGAACGCGAUCGAGUGCUACGAAGAGGCCGACUCGGACGAGGAGGGCGACACCGUUCUUCCGGACGUGCCCUCGUCGAACAACACGAGCCUCUUCAAGAAUCUCCUCUCGAGCACCAUCAACACAUCCACGUCCAGCAACUCAGUAUUGGCCAACUGUCCCGACAUUACCAUCAUCAAGAAGGAGAAGCACGAGGGUAAAGUCAACAAUAACUCCGAUCAUUCCGACAGUAAUAGUGACCAAACUAAGUAAUUGAUGACGCUAUGUAACAUUUCCACUAUUAGUAUUUUAUACAGACCAAAGUAAUUUUGUACUGUUUUUCUCUUAGUUGAAUUAGUUGUAUUGUAAAUGAAUCUUGUGUUUGCUGAAAACGUAGUAGUGAUAUGGGAAAUACCAAAAUGAUGUCUGUUACAAAGUAAAGUAAAAUAAAAUGAUGUAUAUUUACAUUUACCGCAAUAUAUUGUAUCGGCAAGGUAGAUUGUUAGUCUUAGGAACAUAUCACGGAGUCCGAUGGCGGACCGUCGGACCGUCUGUUGCACCGACUCUACGUUGCAAUCCUAUUUAUAGUGCUUUAAUCUGUAGGUUAUUAUCGGCAAUGUAUCUGCUCCACUCUCAGUAUUUGUAUUUUGUGUGCAUUAUUGUUUUGGUACACUUACGUGUAGGUAUACCCCCUUAGAUUAGUAUUCAUUAUACUUUGGCAUAUUAUUAUUUAUGUACCUAUGUAUUAACUGUUUGUAGUCUUGCAUAGUUUAGAAUUUGUCAUAUAUUUAUAUUUAAACAUGAAAAGUAAAGGUUCAUGUUUUCCUAUUAAGACAUACCUAUACUAUUAUAGUAAUAAUAACUAUAAUGAAAACAUUAUAUAAUAUGAACUAUAUUUAUACAAUUAUUUGUUGAGUGCCUAAUCAUAAGUUUAACAUAGGACUAUUAUUUUUAAUUUUUAAUUAAUUCAGUUUUAUUCAUUUUUUCAUGAUCUGUAUUUCAUUACAUAUCCCCUUGGUUUAAGGAUCGGAAAUAAUUUCGUAGUAAUCCAUUACUUGGUACAAUUUCUUAUGUUUUAUUGCCUUUUUGGGACGGUGAGAAUUCUUUUCCGUGUACCUCGUAAUCUUUAUAUGUUUUUAUGUAUUGUACAUUUUAUGUAGUUUUUUAUUUAUUAAACAUUUUUUAUAUAAUACAUUCA